AUGGAGUGUGGAAAGAGCUUCAGAAAACCAUAUGAAUGCAUGGAGUGUGGAAAGUGCUUCGCUCAAAAUGCGUCCCUUAUGCGUCAUAAAAGGAUCCACACAGGGGAGAAGCCAUAUAAAUGCAUGGAGUGUGAGAAGAGUUUCUCUAAAAAUACAACCCUUAUGAUUCAUAAAAGGAUCCACACAGGGGAGAAGCCAUAUAAAUGCAUGGAGUGUGGAAAGAGCUUUCGUGGUAGGAGUGAACUUACUUCCCAUAAAAGGAUCCACACGGGGGAGAAACCAUAUAAAUGCAUGGAGUGUGGAAAGAGCUUUACUUACAGCAGUCAUCUUAUUUCCCAUAACAGGAUCCACACAGGGGAGAAGCCAUAUAAAUGCUUGGAGUGUGGAAAGAGCUUCUCUCAAAAUGCAUCCCUUAUGAGUCAUAAAAGGAUCCACACAGGGGAGAAGCCAUAUAAAUGCCUGGAGUGUGGAAAGAGCUUCUCUCAAAAUGCAUCCCUUAUGAGUCAUAAAAGAAUCCACACGGGGGAGAAACCAUAUAAAUGCCUGGAGUGUGGAAAGAGCUUCUCUCAAAAUGCAUCCCUUAUGAGUCAUAAAAGAAUCCACACGGGGGAGAAACCA